AGGUACCUCCGUCUAUUCACUGCGCGUCCGGGUAGUGACGACAUGCCAGGUGCAGCUGGGCUGUUUUCCGUGGUGUCUCCACUGUAAAUUUUAGGUCCCAGACCUCCCCGUCAAGGUGCCCAUCUCAUCUCAAACACGAUCCGAUUCGAUUGCAGAUCAACGAUUGGAACCCCCACCUUCGACGAUAACCUCCUGCUCAACCUCGAAGCAAACACAACGUCCGAACCGACAACCACACCAUACUCACCAUGUCACCAGCACCCACCACUAGCGCCGGCCCGGCGUCCUCGGGCAUUCCUCCCUCCUCCCUCCCCACAUCCAUCGUCACCGAGAACGAUACGAAACCCUCCUCCUCCUCGGAAGCCAACGAUCUCCUUCCUCGCUACCUCACGAACGACCCCUCCCGCACCGGCUACGACCCCUCCAUCCAAUGGUGGAUGAACUACUUCAAGAUUCUCACCGGCCAAAUCACGCCCGAGGGCGUCGAGCACUACCGUGAAGACCGGUACAAGGCCAACGAGGCGCGCGACUGCGCGCGGUGCGAGGCCGACCGUGACUGGCUGUUUCAGAACUCGCCGGUGAUCCGGUUCCUGCGUGAGAAGGUGGCCAACCUAAACGGCGUCUUGGAUGAGACCAAUGUCGUGUGUCGCCGGUGUCCUAGCAGGAUUGUGGUGAUUCCCGGAAACAAGGACAAGGGAGAGGAGGAUAGGAUAGAGGUUGCCAGACAGGGUGGUGGGUUUAGUCCUGAUCAUGGCAUCUUGUUAUGCGCCAAUGAGAUGCGCAAUCGAGGGCACUUGGAGGAUACGCUGGCGCAUGAGAUGGUGCAUGCUUGGGAUCAUCUGAGGUGGAAGGUGGAUUGGUUCGGGGAGAAGAGUUUGAGGCACGCUGCUUGUACUGAGAUCCGAGCAUCAAUGCUUAGUGGCGAGUGCAGAUGGACACGCGAGUCUAUUGUCCGAGGCAAUUGGACGCUUACCCAACAAUUUCAGAACUGCGUUCGUAUGCGGGCCAUCCAGUCGGUUAUGGCACGGCCGACGUGCAAGGACGAUGUACAUGCAACAAAGGUGGUCAACGAGGUGUGGGACUCGUGCUUUGCGGACAAGAGGCCAUUUGAGGAGAUUUAUAGGUGAUCUUGAGCCUGUAACGCGGAUGGAGAGGGCGUUUUAUACCAUGUACUCCUGCUGUUUUUGUGAUGAACGUUUCUUGACAUGUACAAUCAAUGAUACCACUUCUACUUGAGAUUCCAGCUCUAAUCUCGUG